CUUCUACUUGAUUCACUAACAAACUCUCCCCCACCAUCCUCAACUUUGUCCCUCCCCGCUCCUACUUACUUACCUAUGGUUACUUCGUAUUUCUCGCUUCCAACUGAACUUCGUGUCGCUAUCCUCGAGGAUGUAGUCCAUACUCCUCGCGCGACGCCCCCAGACGCAACUGACUACGUGCGACAGACGGUUGACGUUAAGGACAGCGACCCGUGUGGUCAGGUCAUUUACAACCCAUGCAUUGGUCCUGGCGCACUGCUCCUCGUUAGCAAACGCUUCAGUAUUGAUGCUCGGUUUGUCUUGGAUCAAAAGCGUCGUGUCGUGCUCGACCUUCUGCCUUGCAGAAGUGUCAACUUCCCUACGAAUGAUGUUGCACAAGAACGUUUUCGUCGAUCAAUGAUAGAGAGGGCUGUCGACAUGCUUCCCCCCGCUCGGCUUCCUGAGAGUAUCUACACGUUCCACCCUAUCAUGGCAACAUGGCUUGUUCCUCCAGGUCCAGGAAUGGAUCAUACCAACAUCACCGGCCUAGACGUCCAUUUUCGCAAUCCAGGAGAUGUCGUGGUAACUAAUGUGUCACAUCGAACAUCAAUUCUAUUAAUUCGCAUCGUUCACAACAUCGUGGGUAUGAGUAUUUCCGAGGAUCCUUUCAACUUCUACGACGCCCUUCUUGUAAGGGGGCAACGCAUCCCCAUUAUCAGAGUCCUCUUCGCCGCUCCACCAUCCGAUGGCCUUCCGGUCCCUCCUCCCCAUCGAUUUGGUUCUGAAGACCACAUGGACAUCACGUGGAAGUCAUUAAUGUUGCUUUUUCAUAGCUUCCGGUCCGUACCUAAUCAUCCUAGCUUGAGGGGUACCUGCAACGUUACGAGCACCAUCGAGCUUUGUCUCAAUGGCUAUUGGGUCUUCCGCUUCCACUUUUCAGCCGAAGCACGGUUUCCGGAGGGCAACUGCAUGGUACCAGAAGCAAAUGUAGAGUUCCUGGAGGAGCACGGCUUUGGGGUCAAUCUCGUCAAGACCGGUUACAGUGGUUCUUCUGGCAGGGAAGUUCACAUGCUCCAGGUAACGUUCAAGGGGGAGGGUGACAUGGCCUUUUGGCACGUAAGUUACUGCCCCUGAUUGUUUUUGAGAGAAUGAGCUACUUCGAGGACCUUUUUCUAGGUUAUCAUCUCUUAUCUCCUGUCUUCAAAUUCUCCUUUGUCUUGGGGUUUGGGCUUUCUUUUGGUUAUUGACGCACAACGGCCCUAUUUCCUGUCUUCAAAUUCUCUUUGUCUUGAGGUUUGUGCUUUCUUUUUAUUAUUGACGACCAACGGCCUUUUUUCCAGUCUUCGAAUUCUGAUUUAUCUCAAGGUUUGGGCUUUCUUUUGAUCAUUGACGCGAAACGGCCUUACAACCAAAAAAACACUCCAGAUAAACCAUAGGUAGUAUAUGAUAUGCAAAGUAUUUG